AUGGAUGCUAGUGUCUCUCACAAGCGCGCUUAUAGGGGUGGUUUGCUUCGCGACUCGGACGGCCGCUUAAUUUUUGCCUAUUACAAGGAAUUCAGGGAGUUGGACGUCCUGAUGGCAGAAAGUUCAUCGUUGCUGCAUGGCCUUCAGCUCUGUAGGGACCUAGCCAGGGGGCCCCUGUUGGUGGAGGUAGACUCUAAGAGCCUGGUUGGUCUUCUCAAUGCGGGAGCAACAUCCCGAUGGCCUCUGUGCAAUACAUUGUGUCGGAUCCGGGCACUGCUUUCCUCACUUUCAGCAACGGUAUCCCACGUCUUUAGAGAGGCAAAUGCUUCGGCGGAUGCGCUCGCCGGGUUGUGA